CAUUUAGAAGCCACAUGGCUCAAAUCAGCUGGGCUUCAGGCUUUACAACAUCAUCGAGGACCGACACAGGUCGAAGUUGUCCUCUCUACUCAAGCUACAUACACAGACUUUGAUAUGCUGCACCAGAUAGAGCGGGAUUUAUUGGAUGACUGUCCGGGAGCAUUGAUGGAUGACCCCCCUAAUUUAUCUGAAUCUCCUCAGUCACAGCCCUCCACCACCACUAAUAUAUCAGAACACGAAUUUUCUUGUCACUGUUGCUACGACAUCUUGGUGAACCCCACCACUUUGACCUGCGGCCAUAGCUUCUGCCGCCACUGUCUGGCUCUGUGGUGGGAGUCGUCACACAAGAACGAAUGUCCAGAGUGCCGGGAGAAGUGGGAAGGCUUUCCUAAAAUCAACAUACUGCUGAGGGAUACAACUGACAAACUGUUUAGUGAGGUGGUUCAACGGAGGAGAGCAGAGAUCCAGGCUAACCCCAGAGUCUCCCGGAGCUUGUUGGCUUUCCAGAGAUAUGGUGACAACUUGGGUAGAGCCAGGACAAACCAGCACAAAGGAGCAGGCUUCUUCUUUUCUGGAGUCCUAACUGCACUCACAGUUGUGGCUGUGAUGGUGCUGGUGUAUCACUGGAGUACUGGGACGGCGGAGCAGCAUGACCUGCUGAUCAGUAAACCCGUGUCUCACUGGACGCCGGAGGAAGUCGUGUCCUGGCUGGACCACUUGGGCCCCUGGGCCCAGCUGUACAGAGAACCCUUCAAACACGAGAAUGUCAAUGGGAGGUUACUGUUGAUGUUGGGAGAUGAAGAGUUGUUACAGCCUCCUUACAGCAUAGAAAAUCAGGCUCACAGACGGGCUGUUCUGGCUGAACUGGACAGAGUUAAAACCCUUGGGGUCAAACCUCCACAGAACCUCUGGGAGUACAAGGUGGCUAAUGCAGGGAAGUCUCUGUUCUUGCUGUAUGCACUGAAGCGCUCCCCUCGUCUCACAAUCUUGUACUUGUAUUUAUUUGACUACUCUGAAACGUUCCUGCCCUUCCUGCACACCUGCUGCCCGGCCAUCACACACAUGGACCAGUCAGUAGAGAGCAGCUUCCUCAACACACAGUUGGAGCCAAGCUGGCAACAGUGGACAGAGUUUCUUGUGAAGUACCUCCUGCUUCCAUACCAGCUGAUUGCAGAGUUUGCUUGGGAUUGGUUGGCCGUCCACUACUGGACGUCUCGCUUCAUUAUUGUUAAUGCCAUGCUGCUGUCUGUGCUGGAAGGCUGUGCUCUGUGGAGUCUCUGGAGAAGAACCAGAAUCAGGGCUCUGCCACACAAGAUGUGGAACCACUUGUGGAAGAUGUUAUCUCAGGGAUUUGCUUUCGCUCUCCUGUGGCCUUUUGUCCCGCAGUUUGUGUGCAACUGCCUCUUUUACUGGGCCCUCUACUUCAGUCCCAUCAUUAAUAUAGACCUGGUGGUGCAGCAGCUCAUGCACCGAGAAACACAGGCACUGUAGCAAAUUGCAUGUAGUCAGUGUCCCAUUCAUGCUGUACAGUUACGGUAACAGCAAAUAAAGUAAAUAGCCAGAAAUCCA